GCACUUCGUGAUAUACGCUGAUAAAGUCUAGUUUUAUCAAUCCAAUCCUUUGUCAUAAUUGUGAAGAAAAAAUAUAUUUGUAUCAAAGGAUUGUUUGUUGAAGAUGGAAAGGCAUGUUUCACUGCGUCGCAAAGGAACACAACUUGUUGUUGGAAUAGCUCCACCAGAAGUUAGUGAUGAUGAGUAUUUGCCUGAAAGCGACUCAGAGGAAGUACUGGAGACAUGCAUUCCGUUACUGGACAGUAUGUACGAUUCGGAUGAUGAAAUUCCACUCAGUGAGUUGAAGAACCGUGCAAAAGGUGUAGCCCCGGAUAAUGAUGACACAUCGAGCGACGACAAUGAUCUACCUGUAGCAAGUUUCGCAUCACCUGUACGUGAAGAUAAUACACCACCCUUGUGGAAGGAUGUACCCAAGGGUUCAGAGAAAGAAAUCCCCAAUUUCACUAGCCCUAAACAAUCAAGUGGCACUGUCUUAGCGCCCUUGGAUUAUUUCAAAUAUUUUUUUGACGAUGAUCUACUGGAACAUAUUGUAUAUCAAUCGAACCUGUAUUGCACUCAAAAUCGACCUUAUAAGGCAUUACGUCUAUCAGUAAGCGAAUUGGAGCAGUUUAUUGGUGUAACGAUUUUUAUGUCUGUAUUCGAUUUACACCGUACCAGAAGUUAUUGGUCAAAUAAAAGUAGAAUUGCUCAAAUAGCUGAUAUCAUGAGUCGGGACAGAUAUGAGGAAAUUCGGAGAUUUAUACAUUUCAAUAAUAACGACAACAUGCCCGAUAGGAAUGAUAAGGAGAGAGAUAAACUGUACAAGAUUCGGCCUGUAAUUGAAGCACUUGUGACUAAAUGUAAAACUAUACCUUUACAAGGUCAAAUGUUCUGUGUGGACGAGCAAAUUGUUCCUUUCAAGGGACAUUCCACCUUGAAAACGUAUAAUCCAAAAAAGCCUCAUAAAUGGGGGUACAAGAUUUUUGCCCUAUGUGAUAUAAAUGGCACAAUAUAUAAUUUCGAUAUAUACCAAGGCACCAUCAAACCAAAGCCAGAUCAUAGAGAUAUAGGUGCAAGCUCUAAUAUUGUUCUGCAAUUAGCUAGCAUUUUACCCAGUCAUCAAAAUUAUUUGCUAUACUUUGACAAUUGGUUUUCUUCCCCACUCCUUCUUGUUGAGCUACAGAAAAGAGGAAUUGGCUCAAUAGGAACAAUAAGACUCAAUAGAUUUCAAGGCUGCACUUUUAGUGAUGAUCGUUUGAUGAAACGACGAGGUAGGGGAUGUUACGAGGAGAAGCAAGCAGUUAUAGACGGCAUCGAAGUUAGGGCUAUAAAGUGGUUCGAUAACAAAGGUGUCACACUAGCCACUACUUUCUCAAGUGCUGAACCACCCACAUCAGUUGAAAGAUGGGACAAGGUGAAUAAAAAGAAGAUAAUCAUACAAAAACCUCUAGCAGUUGAUGUCUACAAUAAAUUUAUGGGCGGUGUGGACCUCUUAGAUGGGCAAAUAGCAUAUUACCGAAUAUUUAUUCGAUCUCGAAAGUUUUACAUGAGGUUUUUCUACCAUUUUAUUGACAUGAUGGUUAUAAACGCAUGGAACAUGUACAAAAAUGACUGUAAAGAAGAAGGGUUGUCGAAAAAAGACACAGAAGAUCAACUAGAAUUUCGAACGAGUGUCGCUUACAGCUUAUGUCGCUAUGAGAAAGAUCUGUCAAGAAAAAGGGGAAGACCGAGUAAUGAGGGAGAUUCAGUUGGGUACAGCCAUGCGUUAAAGAAAAAACGAGGUCCAACAGCUCCGAUACCAGCAUUUAAUGUGAGGAGAGAUCAAACCGCACACUACCCAUUGGUAACAGAAGAACGAUUGCGCUGCAAAUUUCCUCUAUGCAACCAGCUGUCAUCUGUCAAAUGUGAGAAAUGUAACGUGCAUCUCUGCCUAAGAAAAAGCAAAAACUGCUUCAAGCAGUUUCACAUUUGAAAUAUUUAUAUUGUGCACAUCUUUAUUAGUUUAGAGCCGGUAGUAUCAAAUAAGAUACAAAGCAUUUUUUCUCAUAAGGAAUAGCUUAUUUUAAUUUCUGAAAUGUUUUUCUGGAC